AAUGAAGGGGACCCCCACGCCACCAAUGUCGCCGUUAAUCCGUGAUUGGCUCUGAGUUAAACCCCCAAUUAUUUCUGAUUAGCCUUCUCUCCCAAUUCUCUCAAUCACAGAGAAACCAGAGAGGAGAGAGGAAGUGCCAUUUUUAGAUUAUUCAAUUCCUCUGCAAAACACCCAUUCCCGGCCCAUCAUCAAUGGCCUUCACAUUCCCACUGCUUCUCCUCUUCCUAUCUCUCGCCGCCUCUGCACUCACUCCCUCCUUCUCUCAGCGCCGCCCCCACCAGCCGCCGCCGCAGCAGCUCUACCCCGACUACUACCGCCGCAGCUGCCCCUCGUUCAAUUGGAUCAUGGAAGAUAAAACCACCAAAAAACAGAUCGAGUCCCCCACCACCGCCGCCGCCGCCCUCCGCCUCUCCUUCCACGACUGCUUCGUCACCGGCUGCGACGCCUCCAUCCUCGUCUCCUCCACCCAUUCCAACAAGGCGGAGCGCGACGCCGACAUCAACCUCUCCCUCCCGGGCGACGGAUUCGAUGUGGUGGUCCGCGCCAAGACCGCGCUUGAACUCGCCUGCCCCGGCGUCGUCUCCUGCGCCGACAUCCUCGCCGUCGCGACCCGGAACCUCGUCGUCCAAGCCGGCGGCCCGUACUACACCGUUCUAUUGGGCCGGAAAGACGGGCUGGUGUCGAGCGCAGCCCACGUAGAGGGGAAUCUUCCCCGGCCCACAAUGCCUAUGGCCCAAAUAAUCGAGAUUUUCCGGUCCAGAAACUUCUCGGUCCAGGAAAUGGUGGCUCUCACGGGGGCACACACGAUCGGGUUCUCCCACUGCAAAGAGUUCAGCUCCAACAUCUACCACUACUCCGGGUCAACCCGAUCCGACCCGUCGUACAACCCGCAAUUCGCGCAGCAACUGAGAAACGCCUGCGCGAAUUACACGCGCGACCCGACUCUAUCGGUGGCCAACGACGUGAUGACGCCGGGCAGGUUCGACAACGUGUACUACCAGAACUUGCCGAGGGGAUUGGGGCUGUUGUCGUCCGACCACGCGCUGCAUUCGGAUCCGAGAACCAGGCCGUUCGUGGAGCUAUACGGGCGGAACCAGACGGCGUUCUUUGAGGCGUUCGGCCGGGCGAUGGAGAAGCUCAGUGCUUACGGCGUCAAGACUGGCCGUGACGGCGAGAUUCGACGGAGGUGCGAUGCGUUCAACAAUCCGGCGGCGAUGGCGUGAGGAUGGAUCAUGUUAACUUGGAAUAUGUAUGUUAUGUAUACAGUGUAAACCCUUUUUUUCAUUUGCGGCAUAUUGAAUUUGUAGCAUAAUUAUCGUAAUUAGUAAGAGUCUCUCGCAGGGAUUUCUAAUAGGGAAAAAUGAGGGGAAUAUGAUGAGGUGAAAGGAGAAGGAGGAGACAAAUUAUUAGAGAAGAAAAAAUAAGAGAAUAGAUUUGGG